CUGUGCUGAGGUUGACAGAAAAUUCACCUUUAAGUCACUGGAGUGAGGGACUCAAGAUGACUCACCUGUCAGUCCUUAUGUUUGUCCUGCUGAUGCUUCAAAGCUUCUCCUUCUGCAGACCACAGUGUCACAGCUGUGAACAAACAUCCUGUGACUGCUCAAGACAAGACCUGGGCAGCGUCCCUGCAGACCUUCCAAGGCUCAUCACUGAACUCAAUCUGUCAUUCAACUCUCUGAAGACAAUAAGGAAAAAUGACUUUGGUGCAUAUGUCGGUUUACGGUCUUUAAUCUUGAACAACAAUGAAAUCACAACAAUCCAGGAGCAGGCAUUUGUUACACUCAAGAAUUUGGAAAUAUUGGACUUGUCCUUUAAUAGACUGGAGGCUUUGUCUGCAGGGUGGUUUGAAACCCUUUUCUCUCUUCAGCAUUUGAAUCUUUUAGACAACAGGUAUAAAACAUUGGGUCAAGGUAAUCUUUUCCAACCUCUGAGAAGAUUAAAGAGCCUUUGUUUUGGAGGACCUUUUUUUCAAACCCUCAGAAAUGGAGACUUAUCUGGUCUCAGUCGUCUUGAAGAAGUUAUUUUUGAUGGAAGGAAACUAGAAUUCUACACAAGAGGAAGUUUGAGCCAAAUUGGGCCAGUGGAGCGCAUAACACUCAGUCUGUAUGAGCCGUUUCUGAGAAAUCUAAAUCUUGUACAAGCUAUUUUGUCUGAUGUUGUUCACCCAAACACAACCUCGACGUUCACUGACACUUGGUUCUACACAACCAGACAAAUGUUCCCGUUUCAUGUGCUCUCAGACGGUGGGACAAGAAACAUUAUCUUUAAACAUGUGAACAUGACAGUAGCAGCCUGUUUGGCAUUUAUUAAUCAGAUGGCAAACUCUAAUUUAACCAAGUUCACAAUUGAAGACACAAAAAUCUUCAUACAUUUUGAGCUUUACUCACGUGACCUGACCAUUGAUCAGCUGGAGGAGGUCAUCUUCAGAAAUGUUGAUAUCCCUGAGUUCUACAAUUUCCCGGCCCUCUUGUUCCUGGAACCUCUGUUGAAGGUGGUGCGCAAGGUGUCUAUGGUAAACUGCAAGUUAUACGUCAUUCCGUGUGUAUCCAUGGUCCAUUUCUUACAGUUAGAGUAUAUGGACCUGAGUGAAAACUAUUUAUCUGAUGAAGCUCUUGGUACAAUGAUGUGCAAUGGCAAUGUUGGACUAUGGAGUCUGCAAACUCUGAAUGUCAGCCGAAAUCACUUGCUGAUAAUCAACAGCCAGAUCUUUUCCAAUCUGUAUAAGCUUGAAAACAUCGACAUGAGUGGAAAUAAGUUUCAUAGUAUGCCUGAGACUUGUAACUGGCCGCCCAUUCUCCAAUUUAUGAACCUCUCAUCAUCACAGUUAACAAAAGUGACAGCUUGUUUGCCGGCAAGUCUACGCAUUCUUGAUCUAUCAGACAAUGCGUUGACUGCAUUCAGUGUCGUGCUACCUUCACUCACAGAGUUAUACAUCUCUGGAAACAAGCUCACCAGUUUGCCAGACGGUGGUUUCUACCCUCGUCUUGCAAUUCUCUCCAUUCAAAACAAUGAUCUUCAGACGCUCAGCACAAAUAUUCUGAAUAAAUAUCUUAACCUGAAGAGUUUGGAGGGGAGUACAAACACAUAUGUCUGUUCGUGUGACUUUGUAGCGUUCAUGGCAAAUGAAGUGACGAAGCAUCAAGUCACAAUCACGGAUGAGUUCAGGUCAUACAUCUGUGACUCCCCUGAUGCUGAGAGAGGAAGGAGUGUCAGAGACGUGAGGUUGUCGGUGUUUGAGUGCCAUACAGCUUUGGCAUUGUCUGUUGUCUGCUUUAGUAUCCUCGCAGUGAUUCUGGUUAUUGCAGGUUUGUGUCACAAAUUCAGCGUCUUGUGGUAUCUGAAGAUGACCUGGACCUGGCUGAGAGCUAAGAGGAAGCCAAAGUUAAAGAAAGGAGAGCUUGAGUAUGACGCUUUUGUGUCCUACAGUGAAAUGGACUCUGCUUGGGUGGAUGCACACCUGGUACCACAGCUGGAGCAGGCCCAGCCUCCACUCCGACUCUGCCUUCACAAGAGAGACUUUGUACCCGGAGGCUGGAUCCUGGACAACAUUAUGGACGCCAUAGAGAGGAGUCACCGGACUCUGUUUGUCCUCUCGCAGCAUUUUGUCAGGAGUGAGUGGUGCAAGUACGAGCUAGACUACACUCACUUCAGACUGUUUGAUCAUAACGAUGACACUGUUGUGCUGAUUCUGUUGGAGCCCAUUGACAAAGAGACCAUCCCCAAAAAGUUCUGUAAACUGCGCAAGGUCAUGAACUCCAAGACGUAUCUGGAGUGGCCUGAUGAUGACAACAAGGUCCCUAGCUUCUGGCAAAACUUGAGAGCCGCUAUCAUGAGACCUGAGGAAGAUAUAGAAACUGAUUUAAUGACACUAUAGGAUAAGAAUUCUUAAGGUUCAUUUGCAUUUUUUCAAAACCAGAAUCGGACGAGAAAUACCUCUUCAUAUUGCUCCCAAUGUACUUAGGUGACAAUGAAUACAGUGCACUAAGGUUAUUUAGAGUUGAGAGUUAGAAGUCUCUUUGGUCAAGAAAAAAGGGGGCAUUAAGGAAUCCUGCUGCAGAACUACAACACUCAGACUGAGUGGAGGUUGAUUCUUUUGAGAACUUUUGCCUAAUCAGAGUUCCCCAAGGGACUAUAAAGUCUAUGUUUUUAAGUGUUAUCUUAUCUUAUCAUUUCAUAUUGUAUCUUAGCUUAUCGUAUCGCAUCAUAUCGU